AUGGCCGAUCAUACUCCUGUCUCAUCAUCUUCCACCACGGGUUUCUUCCAACAACUGCCGAAGGUCCUGCCACAAUACACAUCUGGAGCCUCUAUUACCAAUUCAAGCGAAUUCACCGACGAUGCGGUCCUCAAUCGACUCAUAAAGCAGUACUUGCCUCCGAUAGGCCAGAAGAAUGUUGGCAAAGCAAUGCAUGACAUGUCACGACUUGUUCUGACGCCUGAAAUUCUCAACCACGCAGUCGAGGCCGAGACGGUAACCCCCUACUUGCGGCCGCUCACAACCUUUGGCGAGAUCAAUCAGAAUGACCCUCUUGUCACUUGCCAAGGCUGGAAGGCUCUCAAGGCUGUCGGGAUACAGUCUGGAGUUGUUUCAAGUGCCUAUGAUGGCUCUGUCACCUCGUACAAUCGCCGAUUGCACCAAUUCUUGCUCAACCAUACUUGGCACCAUACGUCUACCCUGACGAUGUGUCCGAUGACCAUGACGGACGGGGCUGCCAGCCUGAUCUCAAAGCAUCUGCAAGACGAAGAUGGCGAUCAGCCAGGGCGGCUCGCGGUUCUCAAAGAGUACUACCGUCGUCUGACUACCGACGAUCAGGUUGAAGCAUGGACUAGUGGUCAGUGGAUGACUGAGAGGUCCGGGGGUAGUGAUGUGAGAGGCACCGAGACUGUUGCCACCAGAUUGAGCCUUGAGGCUAGUCAAGAAGGCCAAGAUAGUCUUGGCCAGCCUCUGGGUCCAUGGAGCAUUGAUGGCUUCAAGUGGUUCAGCAGUGCCACCGACUCGGAUAUGACGAUGCUUCUAGCCCAGACGUCCAAAGGCCUCAGCGCUUUCGUCGUUCCUAUGCGUCGCAAGGCCGGGAAUGGAACCCGGCUCAACGGAAUUCGCAUAUCGAGACUCAAGAACAAGAUGGGAACCAAAGGCCUCCCUACCGCCGAGCUAGAACUGAAAGGUACUCGUGGCUGGCUCCUUGGGCAAGAAGGGAAGGGUAUUCGAGAAAUCUCUACGAUCCUCAAUAUCACGCGCCUCCACACCGGUGCUGGCAGUGUAUCGUACUGGUCCCGGGGCCUUGCUGUGAGUAGGGCUUACACAAAGGCUCGUAAGGUCCGCGGUGCCUACUUGUACGAGAAUCUGCAACACAACUACUGGAUGGCGGGCGAGACAGUGAAGUACUGGGGUGCGAUCUCUCUGACGUUCUUUGGAGUAGCUUUGUUAGGCUGCAAUGAGCAGGGUGUCGGUGUUAUGGGGGGAACUCCAAGUGCGGCAUUGAUUCCCAAUGAUGAAACUGCAAGAGAUCUCCUCAGGCUUCUAACGCCGGUCAUCAAAGCACAACUCAGCAUGGCUGGAGUAGCCGGUAUCCGCGCUAACAUGGAAUGCCUCGGAGGAGUUGGAUACUGUGAAAAUCAGGAGGAUGGAGGCAUACUGAACCUUGCCAAGAUCUUCCGGGACUCUGUUGUGCAGACCAUCUGGGAAGGUACCGUGAGCGUUAUGGCCGAUGAUGUCGGACGUGUGCUGAGGGACAAGCGCAUUGCUAAGGGGCGGAUUAUCGAGGAUGUAUUUGCUCCGUGGGUGAAGAGAGGUUUGAAUUCCUGUUCUCAGAAGUUCUCUACGGAAUGUGCCGCGGUUCAGAAGAGACUUGACGCUCUUCUUCAAUUGGUGUCGCGUGUCAAGACCAACCCUCAACAGCUUGAGUACAGUGGAAGAUGGCUUCUGGAUCACAUCGAGGUGAUUGCUACGGCCGUCCUUUUACUUCAUGAUGCUAACACAGAUAACGAUGAGGUCGCAUGCCACAUUGCACGCCGGUAUGUCUCAUCCAAGGUAUCCGAAGAUAAUCUGAAGCAAGGAGGUGAUAUCGAUUGGGCGGCUGAGGCAAUCAUGGAUCGCAAGAUUUUCCUGGGUGUGAACUUUGUGCCCAGUCCCAUUGAACCAAAGCUCUGA